UAAAAUAAAAUCUAACUCUUCUGACGUAAGAACAGUCMCAAAAUAAAUGGUCAGUUGAUAAACUCGUCGGCAGUGAUCCUGUUACCUGCCUCCAUUUUGUGUUGGACGGCCCAUUUCCGGGUUUCUGAGAAACAGUUGUGAAGGGAGAAUCUCGCUUUGCUUGCUGGUCAAGACGAGAGCAGAAUAAAAAGUACAUGAAAAUAGRAUAUAAACUGGAGAUACGCGUACCUCGAAUUAGCUUUUGCACAUAAAUAUAACUUGUUUACAGCCAUAGUUAAAACGCCAGCUAAAUUCCACUUGACAGCUGUCGCGAGUAAACAGUAACUUAGCUAGCAAGCUAACUUUGGGUAUCGGAUUUAGUUGAUUUCGCUAGUAAACUAAUUUAGCUGCUAGUGUCCCGCAGUUUUUAUUAGAUUUUCUAAGCAAGUAACCAAGAGAGCCGCCUACUGCCUGGGAUUGUGUUAACUAGCAAACUUGCCACAACUGCAGUUUCCAUUCAUGUUGUUAUUGAAGACGAGACUCACAAUCCUUCGAGACGGGGAGUUUGAGGGUGUACCCAGAGCUGAGACGGUGAACAAACCUCCUCCCCAAGGUGCCCACAGAGGGACAGGAUGCCCGUCCCUCCUCCUCCCCCUCCUCCUCCAGGACCCCCCCCUCCCCCCGCCUUCAACCAGGCGAACACUAGAGCACCUAAGUUGAAUCGGGAUGAGGUGAAGGGGAGAGGAGCGUUGCUCUCUGACAUCUCCAAAGGAGCCAGGCUGAAGAAGGUUGGAGUGGUCAAUGACCGAAGUGCACCUAUUAUAGAGAAACCAAAGGAAAGUGGUGGUGGCUGUGGUAGAGGAGGAGGAGGGAGCAGUGGUGGGUCAGGGGGAGGCUCUGGGGGCCUUUUCGCUGGGGGCAUGCCAAAACUACGAUCAGUUGGWGCUGGAGACGCCUCAGUGGGCAGAUCCGCCCUGCGUCCCCCAGGCUCCAGACCUGCAGCCCCCCGGCCCACCCCAGGCCGCUCUACCUCCCCCUCCCCAGGAGACAAACCCUCCCCAAGUGACAAACCUUCACCCCCGGAGCCCCAGCGCUCCCACCGCCCCUCUCUCCCCGACAUCUYCCGCCCCCCAACCAGUGCCAGCUCCUCCCACUCCUCCACUGGGGGCAUGAAGCACAGUACUUCAGGCUCAGCUCCGCCCCCUCCUUCAGGCAUGAAACACAGCACAUCAGCCCCACCCACUCCACCUUCUUCGACAGGGGCCAUGAAGCCCAGCACAUCCGCCCCAGCUCCUCCCCCGCCAUUUAACCGAGGUGGUUACCGCAGCAAUGCCCCGUCAACCCCGCAACAAAAGGCCCCAGUAGGCAUCAGCAACAGCCGGGAGAAGCCCCUCCCCCCGCCGCCCCAAAGAGGCCCGGCUCUGCCCAGCUCUGGCCCUCCUCCUUCAUCAAGACUGCCUCCUUCCUCCACGCGGCCGCCCACUGGGGGGUCCUCGGCGCCCCCUCCGCCCCCACCUUACAGGCACUCCUCUGGGGGCACCUCCAAUGGCCCCAUGGGGGACCAUGGUGGAGAUGGGGCUCCGAAACUCCCCCAGAGGCACAACUCUCUGCACCAGAAGAACACCUCAGGCGGCAGCUACGGCGGACGCAAUCAUGCACCUCCUCCACCCCCCUCGCCAUCUCCAGGACCUCCAGGCGUUGGCAGACCACCCCCACCUGCCAGGGAGCCCCCCAGCAAGAGAUCAGCCCCUUCUGCACCCAAUCCUGGGUCACGAAACGGGGGUGGUGGGCAAGCCCCUCUUCCCCCGCCCCCCUACCGGAUCCACAGUGCUGUCACUCCCAACACCACCUCCUCGGAGCCACCCCACCACACCCGGGGGCCCAGGCCCCCUCCACCCCCUUCAUCUUCCUCCCGCACCGGACCCCCGCCGCCUCCCCCGCCAAUCCGCAACGGACACUCCUCAUCCUCCAAGUCCAAUAUAGAGGAUUUUGAGUCCAAGUUUGACUUCCACCCAGUGGAGGACUUCCCACCCCCUGAGGAAUAUAGGAAUUUCACCAAGAUCUACCCCAGCAAAAGCAAUAAGCCUGGACCAGGCAUGAUCCGAGGAGUACCUCCAGCGCCACCGGUGGCAAGGUGAACUAUGGAAUUCAGGAACAAAAUGACUUUAAUUAAUAACUCAGUCUAAUCAGAGGACGUUCAGGGGAGUGGCAUGACACUCGAAACACAUACAGGUCUAAACAUAGACACUUUAUAAGACCAGCCGGAAACAAGUCAACCCCAAACAUUAUAGAAAAUUCAAUAGUCUUGUUCGACGCUACGUUUUUACAAAACCCUACACUACCAGUCGCUCUCUUUUGCACAAACACUUCAGACACUUCUGUUUCAGCAUGAUAGAACAAAACCACUCUGAACUGAGGUGCUGAAGAACAGACCUGUUUGACUGUUGUGGCCACAAGCCAAUCUUUCUGCAAGAUGGGGGGGCGUUGCAUUGAUUAUACUUUAUAGCAGCAGGACCAACUAAGAAUUCUGCAUUUCAUCUUUUGAAAUGUGUGCAUAAUCCACGAUAAUAAUGAUGUUGAUGAUUUCCUGCGAUUUAUGAAUGAUGUUUUUAAAAUGUUCUAUGGUUAACUGCAGUAACUGUGCCGUCAGUGGGAAAAUAUAGGACACACACCAACGUUGCCAACAAUGCGUUGUAUCAAUAGUACGUGGUGGUUUUUAAAAAAUGCCGUGCUUCCAGUGCCCUGAGGAGAAGGUGUGUGUGGAAUAGAAUUCUCUCCCUUGAUGUGCCAAUAGUUGGGUGAAGUAGAAUGAGGGGCCUCUCACACUUAGAAAAGCUGUCGUUUGCGUCACACAGAUAUGGCUUCGUUUUUUGGUAUCUCGUUUUUCAUUACUUUGAGUAAUGAAAUGGGGACAGGAGAAAUGACUUAAAUGCUUGUCAUGCUAUGAGAGGUUGAGUCUUGCUGACAGUGAGUAACAGUCUUUACAUUGUGUGAGGGGCAUUCCCAAUUAGAUAUGUUUAAUUCUUCCUCAUGGCAUUGCUCUGUGGCAGCAUAACCGCUUAACCUUGGCACCUGUGAAUGCCAUGUUUUUACACUAGAGAACAGAAAGUGCUGCUCAGAUCGGUUGCAUUCUAGGUUUAUCUGAAACAAAAACACUACGAAAUGCUUCAGGGAUCUGCCGCUCCUCUUUAAUUAGCGYUAGCUGCCAAAGCUCCUUUACUUUAUUGAUCAAGGAAGGCGUUUGAGAGUACUGUAUGAAAUUCUACUUUCACUUUGUUCAAUGCUGUUCCUGUUUCUUGCCACAAGGGGGUGAUCAUGGUUAAAUUAUUACCCUCGUUCCUUUCUUUGGACCAAGGGWAGCUUUGCAGGGCUGUCAGUCAUUCAACCCUGUCUUUCAGGAGUUCCUUCAAGGAACAUUUUUUUUUUUAAUACAUUCUUUUUUAAACUAAAAUAUUUGAUUUUACUGCUGGUGGCCCUUUUGGAAUAGACCUUAUCAUGGCCACAGGGAAACCAUAGUGCUUGAGUUUUUAAUGCAUUCCUAUGCAAGGAACGGUUUUGUAUGUAUUCUCACUUCUCGUUGGUAGCAACUAACCAAAAAGGAAACACCUAAGUGCCAGAAGAAUGUGUARGGCGAAGUUGCUCCUAGAAGCUGAUUUGGGGUCAGUUUUCCAUAUUCCCUACUAAUGGUUAAGGUUAGGAUUGGGGRAGGGAAUCUUAUCCUAGAUCUGUACCUAGGUGAAACAUCACCUGGAGCACCAGGGAACUAUUUAGGCAGAGUAGGCCCCAGAAAUGUCAUCAUGGUGGAUUUAUAUAAUUUUUAUGACUUAUGAGCUCCUAAAUGUGUGAUACCUAUACUGUCAUUGCAUUGUGAUUUCUGUUACGAUUCCACUACAGUGAAAGAAAGCUACAUGAGAAUAGAUUCCUUUUAUCUUCUCCAUUCCUGUUAUGUAGUCCUCAGGCUGGUUGUUGCCUUACAUAUCUAUUGUCAUACUUAUUGGUACCAGUGCAUUUGUAAUUUAAAAAAAAAUAUAUAUAAUACUUUUUAAUUAUACUCACUUUUUGUAUUAAAUAUGCAAUAAAUAAUGUCUAUUUACAUAAAGUAUGAGGAAUUUGGAAAUUGUAGUUAUUGAUAUUUUAAUGUUUGUAAAAAGCUUGUUAUAUAGGGAGGAAUUUGAUGAAAAUGUUUAUCAACAGGCCAGUUGUGAGCUUUGUCUGACAGCCAGAGAGACGGGUCUCUUUGCAGCACUUCUCUGUAUGCCUGACUGUGUGUGUAACUUAUGUAAUUGAUGGAUAUGUUCAGUCUCACACAGGUCACUCAUUGACUGUGAUUCUCAUGUUCUCACCCUGUUCAUUCCUACCAUGGUCAUUUCACUUGUUAAUCAACCAUGUUUUAUCAUUUGAAAUAAAUAUAUGCUUUUGGGGGGAAAAGGGGUA